UCGAGUCAUACUUCGGUAAGCAUACCUACGUGUUAGUCCACACAUGUGCGGUGUUAUUUUCUCUCCAUAGAAUUUUUUGUGAAAAAUGGUAGUGUUUGCUUAUCUCUGUUUAUUUACGAAGAACGUUUUGUACGCGUAGUGAGUACUUUGGACUCCAUUUCUCUGAAAUUAUACAUAUUAUAUGCAGCGCGAUCCACACACAUUUUGGAUUAUUGUUUAAAUAGGACUGUUCCGUUUCGAUUGCUCCAUCUUCUCACUUCUGUUAUCUGUAGUACAAACAUGUGUCGAGGUAUAUGCUUUUUUUUAUCGCCUUAGUCACAAUCACGUGGGAGUGAGGGUUGUGCACUGACAGUUUGACAUACUUAAAUGAGUGCCUAGGCAAUACCUACAACAAGCAGAAAACGACCUUCUACGAAGCACAAAUUGACGUCCAGUGUUUAGAUUUCGGUUUUUAAAGGUAACCGGCAUCAGCGUAAUGGAGAUUUGUGACGAUCAGACAAACUCGGUGUUGAAUCAAGUGGAUGCAUUCCGUUCAAGUUGGAUAUCGACGAAUGAAAAACUCCGCGAUGCCAAUAGUAGAAUCGAAUCGCUCGAAGCAGAAUUAUCAAUUAUGAAGAAUCAACUCUACAAGACAACUUACCAAAGAGAUAUUUUGAAUUAUACACUGAAACAAUUGUAUGGCACGUUGCGAGCCGAUUGUAAAGUAAUUGAUCAGGUCCAAAGAAAUUUAUCGUCAUUUGUCAGAGUCGCUGAGCAGGAUUCUCCUUUCGGGUCUCCUGAACAAAACACCAUUCAAAAUUUACUAGGCCUGAAUCCGAUUACAGCCGUAGAAAGCAAUGCGUCGAAUUCAUCAGAACAUAGCCAAGUUAAUUCGUCAAUUUUGAAUAAGAGGGACGACUCGCCUCGUGCCAAAUAUAACAAACCUAAGGUGAAUUUUGCAAAAGAAUUAGGCCUAGUGACACUUUCUUCCGGCAUUUCUACGCGUAAAACAUCGACUCUAUCUAAUGUAUCUGAUCAAACCCCAAUUUCAUCUCAAAGAAAUCGAAGCCGAAGUCGUGGAACUGCGAUGCUUUAUGAUGCUUUAUCAAGCGUAAAUGGAUCAGUCACGCCAGCUGUGAAUAACAAGAGAAGGUCUAGGAAGUUGAAUAAUGUGGAUCCAAGAAUUUUAUCGCGUGGUCGUAAAUUAGAUCGCCGUUCAAAUGAUGAUGUAUGCGAUGUCAUAGUAAUUGAUUAUGGUGCCGAAUCUGAAGCGGUUUCAACGAAAUUUUCAGAUAUUAAUGCAGCGAGAGAUAUUCAAAGCGUAGAUGCAGACAACUAUUUGAGUCCUGAUAGUUCAACUUUUCCUAAUAAAAAAGCCGAGGAAAAUGAUUCGAAUUGGGUGAAAACUGUUGAUUUUAAUAACGAGGCAAACGUUAUUCAACAGGAAGAUGGAAACGACGCUUCGGGUUCGAAUAAUUCAACUUUUCCCACUGAAGAAAUUAAUGUCGAGAAUGGUUCAAAUCCGGUGAAAACUGCCGAUUCUAAUAAUGCUGGAGACGUUCAACAAGGAGCUGAAAACAACAAUUCGAGUUCAAAUGAUCUAAUUUGUAUUAUCAGUUCAGACGAAGCUGAUCAUCAAGAAGAUGAAGACAACUGUUCAUGUUUGAAUGAACCCAAUGAUACUUCAGCUUCGCUGCCUGCAGGUGUAGAAACAGCGGAUGAGGAUGGUGGUUCAAAUUCAAAUAUGCAAGCUAGCCUUGAUUCACUAGCAGCGAAUGCGGAAGAUGGUGGCGAUAAUUUGUCAUCUCAAAAUACACCAAGUACUGUUUGUUCAAAUUCAAAUGAACAAGAUAGUCACGGUUCCAUAGUUCAUACACAAAAUGAAGGCAAUGUCUUGACUGCGAAUACUCAGCUCUCAAUUCCGACGGAACCUAUUUCAAAGUUCCCCACUCCUUAUAUCCUUCUUUCGCCGAUUUCAGAACUUGAAAACAUCGUAUUCGCAGCCAAAAAUGACGCCCGUGUUUCCACUCAAAAAAGGAGUCAUCAGAAUGAAGACGUGGAAAUAAAAACAAGGAAGAGGAAGAAAAUAGCUCAAGUUGCUAAACCUAGAAAAGAGAAAGGUAACCCUAAAAAGUCGAGAAAGUCGCUCGAGUCCUCGCCGUUUGUAUUGGAGUUACAGUCAACGAACAAAUCAAGCCUGGCUUCGUCUGCAACGGUUUCAAAAUUGACGAAAAACAAAAGUGUUUCUAAAAAAAAUUCAGUGCCAAAGAAGAAAAUAUAUUGUUGCAAAUUCUGUAAUGAGACGUUUGAUAAUACUAGAAAAGUAAGUCAACAUACGAACCUUGCUCACGCCGAUGAUGAAAACGCUUGGAAGUGCCAAGUUUGUGGAUUCGUCACAUCAACAUCGAGUUCACUUUCGGGCCAUGUACGGCGAGUUUGUUACAAGAAACUAACCACAGAAAAUGGAACAUGCCUGGUAUGCCAGAAGGAAAAUCCCGCGGUUCCAAAUUAUAUAGCAAAGUCCGCUCUUGAUGUACAUAUUUUGAACAAUCAUCCUGAUCCGUAUCCUGACUAUUUGCGCUGCCCCUAUGGUAAUGGAAAAUGCAUACAGCACUUCACUUCGUUAGAUGCUCAUGAUAAACAUGUGCAAAGUGUUCACAAAAAUGAAGAUUUGAGCCUACCGUUUGAAAAAAUUUUCCCAGGACAAGAGUUUUGGACGUGCGCAAAUUGUGGAAAAAUUUUCUUCCGUUCAGCGCAUUUGAUACAACACGCAAUUCAAGCUCAUCCCGGAAAUCGAAAGGUUUUCAGUUGCGGUCUAUGCGAUUUUGUCACCGCUCAUCCAACAAGGUUGCAGACGCAUUCAAAUAAGCACAGUUCGGAUAAUUAUAAGAAAAAAGGAAACGGAAAUGAAACAGGAAAACAGUAAAUGGACUUUAUGUUCGAUAUUCUUUAAAAUCUUUUCUAUUUUCAAAUCAACAUUAGUAGGUACCUAAAUUUCAAAAAUAUUUGUUUACAAUAUUGGCCAUUACAUAAAUGAGUAAUGUGGGAAAAUAUCAUACGUAGCGCUUUUACAAAAUAUUAUAUUAUUAAUCUAAUGAAUCUAAUCUUACAAAAUUUAUAACUUACAUUAUAUAAGUAUCUAGAUUUAGCUAUUAUAUUCUUUUCAUUUAUAUUUUUAAUUUUAAUGCAAGCCUCCUGCAGUGCAGAUUUCUUUUAUUUCCACGUAUUGCAUUGCAAAUUCCAAGAACUAGGAUUUUUUUAAAAAUUACUUCAUAGGGCUCGUAUUUUCUGUUUUUUUAAAAUUUAUACAUAUUUUAAUUUUUAUUCAUUAAAGAAGUGUGUAUUCACAUUCACUUCAUUAAUAAUUAAAUUAAGUUGUUUGAUUGUGGAUGGAAUUUCAAUUUUCAUUUUGUAAUUUGAGUCGAGAGUCGACUCGCAUCAGUGAUCAUUCUUGAUUCUAUAGUAAAUAAAAUACGUCUUGCA